UGAGAUCAGUUUGUACUCGAGGUGGAGGCAAUCCACGAGGAUAUCGUGUGCCUCAGUCAAACUCAGUUAUUCAAGAUAUUUAGUGCAUGUGUGGCUAAUUUUUUACUUUAUUCAAGUGUAAUUAAUAACUACAUACUUUAAUUAACAAAUUUCCUUUUUAUAUUUCUAUCAUUUACAAAAAAAAAAUUACCACCAAUUAAAUACAAAAAUCCGUGGUAAUUUUUUUUUUUAAUUAAAGAAAAAAAAACCCAUGGGAACGUUGGAUUUAAUAUUGAAAUGCACAUGAGUGCAUAUGAGUGACCAAGUUAUUGUUAUAUGUUAUGAGUUAUGAGUAUCGGUAAAAUUUAAAAAUAAUAGGAACUAAAAUAAAUAAAAUAAUUAAUGUACCAAAGAACAUCCUUAGGAUUUCAACGAAUAAUAAAUCAUGCCGUGGACAGUUUUCAAAAAAUUACUAUUAUUUAAUAUAAUAGCCAUACUUGCGAUAAGUAAUAACUACACAAGUGCUGCGACAAAUCAUCGCAAGCGUUACAUCCAACGGAAUAAUAACAAUAAUAAUAAUAAUAAUAUUAGUAAUAAUAAUAAUAAUAAUAAUAAUAGUAGUAAUAGUAAUUUAUCAUCAAUCGAACCGAUAAAUAGAGGUAAUGUUAAUAAAAAUAAUAUUAAUGUAAAUAUAAAUAAUAGUGAAAGUAUAAAAAAUGCUCCGAAAAAUAUUCAAGAAAUGUUGAGAGACGACAAAGAAAUAGAUGACAAAGAUACAGCCAAAUGGGACAGCUUACUAUCAUCAUCAACGGGUAAUGGCAAAGAAAAAAAACCCAAUCGUGAUGAAGAUGAUGACAAAAAAACUUUAGCGCAACAAGUAAAAGAAGGGAAGUACGGAUUAAUACAAAAUGAAUUGUCAUCAAAAAAUUUAAAACGACCAGGGAUAAUAAGUUACUCAUCAAAUCCCGAUAUACCGCGCGACAAUUCAAAAAAUUUCGGCGGAUUAGAUAAUGAAGAAAUUUGGUUGGCUGAAAAUCAUUUGCUUGUUAUAAAAGGCGGUGACUUUGGUGACGACAGUGACGCGGGACUUAAAAAUACCGAUUUACAUGAUUGGUCACCAAUUGAUGACUAUCAAGCGCCUAAAAGACAAGUUCGUAUACCAUCAAAUCCUAAAAUACCACCGCCGUUUCCCAUUCAAUUGACUGACGGCGGUCCAAUUAAAAUAAUCGGCCGUAAUUCAACAAGUGACAGCUCUGAUGACAACGAAUCAUCUGCUCAGUGGAUUAUUCCCGAUGGUCUUGUUCCUUUUAAUGGCACAUAUUUUAUUCAAAAUGAAAGUACUAAUGACACAACGACAAACGAUGAUGAUGAUGGACGUAAAACAACAACCAAAUCAAGUCCGACAUUUGCUGGUAUCAUUGGCCCAUUUUUUCCCGCGUUACCACCCGGUGCGAUUUUUGUACCACCACCUACGUCAUUCAAUCAAACUGACUACGAUGAAGAUGAUCAGUCAAUUUAUUAUCCUCCUGUUUAUAGUUUCAAGUAUCAACAAGACAAUUCUACAGUAGUUCCACCGGGUCCAUUAGUCCCUGGAAUUAUUUUACCCCCACCACCCGAUUUUUUUGCUCCUCUUGAUGAUAACAAUCAUAAUAACAAUAUUACCAACGAAACGAAUAAAAUAAAUAAAAAUAAAUGUUUAAAAUGUACGGAAUCCACGACAGUAAGACCGAAAAAAGUAAAUAAUUUAAAUGUCACGACAGAAACCCAAAGCAAGCAAAUAAAAUUAAAAGAAAAAAUAGCAACCGAGUCACCGGUUAAUAAAAAUAAAUUAGAUAAUUAUGUAUCAAUAAAAAUAACAACACCGUCAGCGGUGACGUAUAAAAAUAAAGUAAAUAUAAGCAGGACAACUGAAAAAUCUAAAAUAUCAGUAUCUGUUUUAAUGAAAAAAAAAAUACGUCCAAUAGUUGCUUAUUAUUCAACCACGCCCUAUUACAAUAAAAAAUCAAGUGAAACAACAUCACGGUCUCAUAACAAACCGCGUGAAACAACACCCACACAAAUUACAUCAACUGAAAAAUUAAAUGGUAAUUUAAAAGCCUCGUAUUAUUUUUACGAAGAGGAUAAUGAAGUAACAACACCUUUGCCUAUUAAUUAUCAAGACAAUGAGGCGCGUUUGUCUUAUUAUAAAUUAGUUGUUGAAGAACUACCUCCUAAAUCAAUUUAUCGUAAAUUACCACCGACUACACCUCUACCACUUUCUUCAUACAGAGUUUCAACGGCGACGCCCGCAAAUUAUUAUCAAGUUGAAAUAACUCCCUCGCAACAAACAUCACAGGAUUAUCAGACGAUUGAACCCUCUGUACAGUCGUUUAAGCAACAAGUACAGUUGCAGAGAGAACAACAGAAACAGCAGAAACAAUAUCGGCAGCAACAGCAGCAACAGUAUCAACAAAAUAAAAUUGUAAAUACAAGAUUACAGGGACAAAGAGUUUUGAAAAGUCAAUUUGAAACAGAUUCUUUUUAUAAUAAAAAAUUGUCAUCGUCAUCACCAUCUUCUAUUUUUAAUAUUAAUCCUUUGAUUACGUCUACAACUUCUAGACCACGGGAAUUUUUAACUUCUACAACUAUUAAAUAUAAUAAUAAUAAUAAUAAUAAUAAAAUUAGAUCGAAGCCUAUUUAUCAAUAUAGUUUUGAAGCUGUUAAUUAUCCUCAUGAUCCAGUUAUUAUUUAUCCUAAUAAUAAUAAUAAUAAUAAUAAUAAUAAUAAUAAUAAUAAUAAUAAUAAUAAUAAUAAUAAUAAUAAUAAUAAUGAUGAUGAUGAUGAAAAAUCAUUUUACAAUAAAUGGCAAGAAGAUAAAGAACAAUCAGAUUCAAAUAAUGAAGAAAAAUCAUUAUAUGAUAAAUGGAAAAUAAAAAAAGAAGAAACAGACAAUGAAGAUAAUAAAUCUUAUUACAAUAAAUGGGAAUUAAAAGACACGACAGAUUAUUUAACAGAUUAUAAUACUAAUAAUAACAAUGAAAGAUUAAAGAAUAAUGAUAAAGAUAAAUUAUAUAAUUAUAUUUCAACAACUCAAUCACCUCUGUCACUACUAAGACACGAAGAAACAACAUCAGACCCUAAGAGUAUCUAUUACACGAAACAUGAGGACCAAUAUCUGGAUGAUGUGACUAAAGAAUACUUUACAAAUUUUGGUAGAAAAAUAAAAUACCGUUUGCCGAGUACGACUCCUAUUUACAGCAGCCUGAGUACAGUCGCUUAUGAAAGCGUUACUGCACGGCCACGGUAUCAAUUGAAGGAAGAAGAUAAAAAUUAUUAUGAAAAGCAGGAGAUUAAAGAAAAUAAUGAAUACUAUGAUAGUGUUUAUUCAUUGAAGAAUGAUAUAAAUAUCAAUUAUCAACGUCCGUUGCCGACAAUUAAUCCAGACGCUGAAUUUAUUGAUGACUAUGAUGGGUCGUUACCGGCACCGACAAUUAGGACGGUAGCAAAUAAAAACCAAGGGAUAAAAUCGUCUAAGCAGUACCGUUAUCAGUCAAACCAUCCAAGUUUGUUGCCUAUUAAUUAUAAUAACAAUAAUAAUAACAAUGAUUAUCAUCAACGAGUACCGAAUAGUUUUAUUUCACUGUCUGGCAACCAUCAGCAAUAUUAUCAGCAAAGCAGAAUUAAAAAUCCACAGAAUCCAAUUUCACUGGCUGGUGAUAUUGACGUUAAUUACAAUAAUCCUCCGCCCAUAAAUCCUGAGGCUGAGUUUAUAAAUAUAAAUCGUCCGCAUUCACAUUCAAAUUCGAAUUUGAAUUUAAAUUCAAAUCAAAGACAAAAUGGUGAAUUAAGAAACGAACCUAGAUCUUACUUUACCUACAGAUUGCCUGGUGAUGAUGGACACGUUUAUUUUUUUACUCCUCAUGUUAUUAAUAGACAGCGGCAAGAAAACUACGGAGGAACUAGAUUAAGAGGAUUUAGAUCCACGGAACAGAAACGUAAUUAAAUAUUUAAAAUUUACAUUUUUUUUUAAACCUUUUUUGUUUUAAGAAAUUUAAAUGUUAGUCAAAUGCCAUAACUGAUUUUAAAAUAAAUAAUUAAUCGCUAUUUUGUAAAUAAAUUCAAAUUAUUCAAAUAUAUGUAUUUUUUUUUAAAUAGUAAGUCAUAUAUAUAUAUGAAAAAUAUGUAAUUUAUAAUUGUGUAAU